AUGUCCCAGAGCAUCCGCCAGACCACCAUCACCAGCUCCUACCGAGGUGUAGGUAGUGGCAUCGGUGGUGGAGCAGGGAGGGUCUCGUUCAAGGCUCCAAGUGUCCAUGGUGGCUAUGGAGGGCAGGGUGUUUCCGUGUCUUCUGCCCGCUUGGUCUCCUCAGGAUAUGGUGGUGGUCUUGGCAGCAGUUUAGGUGGCGGCUAUGGCUCUGGUGGCAGCUAUGGCUUUGGUGGCAGCUAUGGCUCUGGUGGCGGGUAUGGAAGCAACUUCAGUGUCAGCGUGUCAGGGGAUGGCUUGCUGACUGGCAAUGAGAAGGAGACCAUGCAGAACCUGAACGACCGUCUUGCCAGCUACCUAGACAAGGUGCGUUCCUUGGAACAAGCCAACUCAGAACUGGAGGUGAAGAUCCGGGAGUGGUAUGAAAAGCAAGGACCCAGCCCAACCCGAGACUACAGCCACUACUUCAAGGUCAUUGAGGACCUCAGAGAUAAGAUCCUUGCUGCUACCAUUGACAACUCCAGGGUUGUCCUGCAGGUGGACAAUGCCAGGCUGGCAGCAGAUGACUUCAGAACUAAGUAUGAGAACGAGCUUGCUCUUCGCCAGAGUGUGGAAGCCGAUAUCAAUGGACUGCGUAGAGUGCUCGAUGAGCUAACCUUGGCCAGAACUGACCUGGAGCUCCAGAUUGAAAACCUGAAGGAGGAACUGGCCUACCUGAAGAAGAACCAUGAGGAGGAAAUGAUGGCAUUACGUGGACAAGCUGGUGGACAAGUCAGUGUGGAAGUAGACUCGGCACCAGGUGUAGAUCUGACAAAGAUUUUGAGUGACAUGAGAGAACAGUAUGAACAUUUGGCAGAGAAGAAUCGCAAAGAUGCUGAAACCUGGUUCUUCAGCAAGACCGAUGAAUUAAACAAGCAAGUCGCCGUACACACAGAACAGAUACAGACCAGCAAGACAGAAAUCACAGACCUUCGACGCACACUUCAAGGCUUGGAGAUAGAGCUACAGUCCCAACUCAGUAUGAAAUCAUCCCUUGAAGGAACCCUGGCAGAAACAGAACAGCGGUAUGGUGCACAACUGGCACAAAUACAGGGAUUCAUUAGCAGUUUGGAGGCACAACUCAGCGAUCUGCGGACAGACAUGGAACGUCAGAACUUUGAGUACAAACAGCUCCUAGACAUAAAAAUACGUCUUGAACAAGAGAUUGCCACAUAUCGCCAGCUCCUUGAAGGACACGAUGCACAGCUGGUGGUGGGCACAACAAAAGACAUUAAAAUUGAAAGAAAAUGA